GAUGACUUUUUAUAUAUUCGUUUGCUAUCACCGUGACCUUGAGUCCUUGACAGGGGCUGGGCAUGCAUAUAAAUUCAUGCAUAUAAAUCUUUCCCGCACUGUCAAAGAGGUUUUGUUCGCAAUUCACGAUGGUUUCAGAAGACAGUCCCCUGUUGACGUCCACCGCGCAUGAAACUAUCUAUGACAGGUUUGCGCCCGACCAGAAGAGGUGGAUCGUAUUUAUCGUCUCUUUUGCGGGUCUGUUGCCUAUGUUCGUCUCAUCGACAUUCGUGCCUUCCAUCCCUCAAAUAGCUAAGGAUCUUGGCUCAACACAUGCUAUUGUCAGUUUGACCGUCAGUCUGUCGAUCUUAGCGACUGCUGUCGGAUCGUUGGUCUGGGCUGCUUAUUCGUCUUUCUAUGGACGACGAUCGAUGUAUUUGUGGGGCAUGCCGUUUUUAUGCAUCGGAAGCUGCGGUGUCGCGAUGUCGACUUCAUUGCGGAGUCUGUUAUUCUGGCGGUUCGUACAGACGUUUGGAUGUUCUGGGGGAAUACCGUUAGGUGCUGGUGUUAUCGGUGACAUCUAUAAAUUGGAGGAGAGGGGACUGCUAUUGGAAUAUUCUUUGGCUACACUCUUCGGGUUCGCUGUUGCACCGCUUCUUGGAGGUGCAGCGGCACAGUAUUGGUCCUGGCGCAAUUUGCACUAUUCCAUUGCUGUAUGGGGCUUGCUCGAGCUGUUUCUUGUAUACCUUUCGUUUCCUGAGACGAGCCAUCCCGGCACAUUGGGCAUCGAUAAACUAAAGCGAAGGAGAUGGAUCCAUAGUCACAUGGGUAAAUCCUCUGAGCAGUCUCUGGUUGCUCCGGAGUCCGAAUCUAUUUGCGGCCGUGAGUGCAUUCAUGGUAUGCUUGCGUCGACUCUGGUGCUUAUCACUGACUUUGUCCUCCUCGUGCCGCUGGCGUUUACUAUCGGCGCCCGGUAUGGUAUCACGAACGAGGCCAUCAUCGGGGCAUGUUUCCUCCCAAACGGACUGGGAAACUUCAUCGGCGCACCGGUUGCUGGCCGCUUAUCGGACAUUGUAGUCAAAAGAUGGCGGAAGAAGCGCAAUGGAGUGUGGUUUCCUGAGGAUCGCUUGAGAGCGACGUGGAUCGGAGGGCUGGUCAUGAUCCCGUUGUCUAUUGGGGCAUCGGGGCUGAUUACGACGUAUGUUGGGGGCCCGGUCGGUCUUUGCUUGAAUUUAUUGUGUCUUUUUACGAAUGGGAUGGGCGUUGACUUCGUGUUCAAUCCAAUUGGUUCUUACAAUGUGGAUGUAGCGCACUCUCGAAGCGCAGAAGCCACAGCUGCUAGCGCAGCGAUCCGGUCAUUUAUUCUAUCUGCUGCGACUGCUCUUAUCAUUCCAUCGAUCGAGCGCAUAGGCGUUGCGUGGACGAACAUCAUCGCGGCUGUGCUUGCUAUUAUUGGACAGGGGAUCAUUUUCUUGACGAUCCGUUAUGGUGAUCGCAUGAGGGCCAGCGUGGAUGUUGGAUUAUCGACGAUAGAGAACAAUUCAUAG